CUCAAAUAAGCAGUGGCCAUCACCAUGGGCACAAGCCCGAACUUAUCCUUCUUCCCCGGCAAUCACUGGCUCUACUUCUCUGUGUACCUCUUCACCUUCCUCGUGGGGCUCCCCCUCAACGUGGUGGCCUUGGUGAUCUUCGUGGGCAAGCUGCGGCGGCGCCCCGUGGCCGUGGACGUGCUCUUGCUCAACCUGACCCUCUCAGACCUGCUCCUGCUGCUCUUCCUGCCGUUCCGCAUGGUGGAGGCUGCCAGUGACAUGCACUGGCCCCUGCCCUUCAUCUUCUGCCCCUUCUCCGGAUUCCUCUUCUUCACCACCAUCUAUCUGACCUCCCUCCUCCUGGCAGCUGUAAGCAUCGAGCGCUUCCUGAGUGUGGCCUAUCCGCUAUGGUACAAGGCCCGGUCCAGGCCUGGACAGGCCAGCCUGGUCAGCGGGGCCUGCUGGCUCCUGGCCAGCGCUCACUGCAGCGUGGUCUACAUCAUGGAAUUCUCAGGGAACUCCUCCUACAGCCAGACUAUCAAUAGCACCUGCUACCUGGAAUUCCAGGACAACCAGCUGACUGUUCUCCUGCCCUUCAGGCUGGAGAUGGCUGUGGUCCUUUUUGGGAUGCCCCUGCUCAUCACCAGCUACUGCUAUGCCCACCUGGUAUGGGUGCUCAGCAAGGGAGCCAGCCACCGGAGGUGGAGGAGGGUGGUUGGGCUUGUGGCAGCCACGCUGCUCAACUUCCUCGUCUGCUUUGGGCCCUACAACGUGUCUCAUGUCGUGGGCUACGUCCAGGGUGAAAGCCCGGCCUGGAGAACUUAUGUGCUGCUUCUUAGCAUCCUGAAUUCCUGUGUCGACCCCUUUGUCUACUACUUCUCAUCAUCUGGAUUCCAGGCUGACUUUCACGGGCUGCUGAGACGGCUGACUGGGGGCUGGGACCCUCGGAGGCAGGAGGGCAGCAUGAAGCUGAAGGAGAAGAAUGAGGAGGGGGGCAGACGCUGGAGCUGUCCGACAUAGAGAACAGGGAGUGGACUCCAGGAGGGCUUUGGAGCCAGCAGCUGAAUGACCGGGCAGUUCCUA